ACCCAGGAGUUACUUCCCCCUAACUAGCUACCAUGACUCGUUGGAUCGAAUGGAGUCGUGUGGUGUAGGUGAUUUUGAACCGCGGGGGUGAGCAACUAGUGAUCGAUUUGUCACGAAAUCAAAUCACUAGCGAUCGAUUUGUCACGGGAUCGAUCCACUCACCAGAUCUAGGGGAACCACUAGGAGGAGCAACUAGUGAUCCAUUUGUCACAGGAUGGAUUCACUGGAGGUCGAUUUGUCACUGGAUUGAUCCUCUCACUCAGUCACUAGUGGUUGCCUAGGUCUUUCCCUCAAACCGGCGUUUGAGCGGUUUAAUCACAACCAACCUAGAUGCAAACUGGUAACCGCGAACCACAGAGGGAUGCAUAUGUGGUCGGAGACCACAAUCUCAAUUGCUAAACUGAGGUAAGCAUGAAAGGCCGUGUCACUCGACCCUCUCGGUUUAGACAAUCGGCAGUUGACUUACUCCCUCACUCAACUUUAAGGUCGACGACUUAAUCGCGAUUAACCGACUUGCUUAACUCAAUAUUGAGGGUUGCCCUAACUUAACCUAGUUUAGGUGGCUUAGAAAGCGGAAGGAAAACCAACUCGAUUGAGUCUCCCUUGGAAGGGGGAUUUUCCUCUCUAAGCUAGGAUAAGAUGGCUAAUUAGAUUGCUAGCACCAACAUGCACAAAGCUAAGGGUACUAAGAACAGUUAUGCACAAUCCUUAGAUUGCUAAGCACGAGCAUGCACAAUCACCAUGAAAACACCUCUAAUACUCAAAUUGAUGCAAACCCACACUUAAUCAUUCAAUCUAAACAAGUAAUUACAAAGUAUUAGUUAGGGAUCUACAACACCCAAGAGAAAAGAGUGAGUUUCUAGAGAGAGGGGGGAAUACAAAUUUGAGCUCAAGAUCUUCUUUUUCUAGGCUUGAAUCUUCCACCCAAGCCUCCAAUGAUUGUCCAAGAUCACUCUAGCACUCUCUCUCUCACUAGAACUCCCCUUUGGGGUUUUAGGUGGAAACCCUAGAGAAAGAAAGUGCCUCUUCUCCAAAAACCAACUCUCCUUUUCUCUCUCCCCGCUGUUGUUUUCAUAUUUUCCCGAGAGUGAUAAGUUCACGAACGCGUUGGCCAGUUCGCGGCCGUGAAUAUCUAAAUGCGUCUGUGAACUCAGCGUCGUCCAAAACACACCACUUUCGUGUCCUGGGUUCACGGUCAAUGGCCACAGUUCACGGUCUUAGUGACCAUGAACUGCCUUGUCGUCAGUAACUCCAGGAACCUCGCUGGACUGCUCGAUGUUCACGGUUUGUGGUCAAUGUUCACGGUCUUAGGAGACCGUGAACUGCCUUGUGCGGCCGUGAACUGCGGUUGUUGCGUCCACAUAGUGACUUCGGACUUUUCUUCGGUUUUUGCGCUUUUUGACCUUCAAAUAUCCCAAAACUCGUCCUCGACCCUUCCACACGUGCUAGGACCUGAAAUGUAUCAAAACAAGUACAACCUAGCAUGAAAUAUGUCGAGGAAGGAUGAAAUACUAAGCUAAACGAAUAAGCAAUGAGGGGUAAAAUGUGUACAUUUGGGCCCGAGUCAAACCGAGUUCAAGUCGAUUUGAACGAGUCAUAUUAGCUACUGUUAUGGAACAAUCCAAGUACCACAACGGUAAUACAAGGGAAGGAACCCUUAUAUAUAAGUGUCCACUAAACUCAUUAGUACGAAGCCUUUUGGGGAGGAGACCCAAAAGUAAAUUCGUGUGGGCUUGGCCCAAAGCGGACAAUAUCGUACUAAUUGAGCUGCCUGGUUUUGACAAGUGGUAUCAGAGCCUGGUUCGGUGCGGGUUAGUGGACGUCUUGUCAUAACCGGAGAGCUCAAAUAGUACCAUAUUUAUUGUCCGCUAUGGGCCAAGCCCGCACACAUUUACUUUUGGGUCUCCUUCCCAAAAGGCCUCGUACUCAUGAGUUUGGUGGACACUUAUAUACAAGAGUUCCUUCCCUUGUAUUACCGAUGUGGUACUUGGAUUGUUCCAUAACCAUUAUCCCCCUGGCCUCAAGACAAGGACCACGAACUUCCUGUCCUCUCUUCAGCGAUUUCUUGAUCCACUAGACGCCUUGUAUCAAUGGGCUUCUCGAUACAAGGACUUUACCAGACACAGAACUAUCUUUGAUCUGCUUUCCAAAUGCGGAACUCACUUUGAUCCGCCAAGUAGGGGUGGGAAACGGUGCGGUUGCGGUUAACUGCACCGAAUAAGCGCGGUUAACCGCCACCGCACAAGGGGAAAACCACCCACCGUUACCGCAAUGCAAACGGUUUGCGGUUAACCACUAACCGAAAUCACGGUUAGCGGUUAAUUGCGGUUAACUGCACUUUAAACCGCACACCGCGAUUAAGAGUUAAACGGUGUAAAAAACCGCGAAAUGAAAUAAAACCGCAACAAAAACCGAAUUAACUUGUAAAAUCCAGCAACAUGCACUUGAUAAAUUAACACUAAAACAAGAAAAUGCACCUGAAAAAGUCAGAAACAGAAUUAAGUUCUAAACAUCCAAAAGAAACCAUCCACAUUAAGUUCUAAUACGGAAAAUGCACUUGGAAAAUUCAUUUUGGGUUGUUGGAUGGGUUGGGCUUGGGUUGGGUAUACUCUUACGCGGUUAGUUAUUCGGUGAAGUUACUUAUUCGGUGCGGUGUGCGGUUAGUCCACAAACCGCAAAAGAGCCAAUUUCACUAACUGUUACCGAAUAAAGACCCUUUUAAACGGUUUGCGGUUAACCACAAACCGCUCUUAUUCGGUGCGGUUGCGGUUUAACCGCAAAACCGCAACCGUUUUCCCACCCCUACCGCCAAGCUCAAACGUGGAUCUCUCCUUGAUCCACCAAACCAGAUACAUAUCUCUAUUUGAUCUACCAAAUCAGAUGUAGCCCAGACGUGGAACUCUCUUUGAUCCGCCAAACAGACAUCGAUCUCUCCUGGAUCCACCAAACCAGAUGUCGAUCUCAAAUCCAGAGGUCACCAAAUGAGGGUCCCACAAAACUGACGCCCACCGCCCCAAACCAAGUAAGGCUCUAAUACCACUUGUCAUAAUCAGAUAGCUCAAUUAGUACAAUAUUGUCCGCUAUGAGUCAAGCCCGCACGGAUUUACUUUUGGGUAUCCUCCCCAAAAGGCCACUAUUACCAAAAAAAGAGAAAUAAAUAAACAUUAAAGUA